AUGACCAUCGAUCCACGCGGAGACAAUGAAGAGGAAACGUACCGGGAAUUGAGGAAAACCCUAAACUUUGCGGCUCGUUUGGCGUCGCGCUUGGAACCCCGAGUGGAUACCUAUCAACAAAUGAACCUCGAGAUGAAAAUGGUGCAAAAAGCGAUGAAAAAAGCAAAGAUUAGUGCCCAGAUCAUGAAGACGAUCGACGCGAUGUUGAAUGGGAAAUUGGUGCAUCGGAUUCAUUUCAUGGGCUCUCUUCCAUUUGAUUCACACAAAAUCGUCUUCGCUCAUUUACUGGGAAUCGCUCUAGAAUUGAAGGAUUUCUAUGCUUGUACACUAAAUGUUCCCCUCUCAUUUCUCACAAAAGUCGAGCAACACUGGUUGGCGAAGAAAACCGAUGUGAAAGUCACUCGUUUCAACGAAACCUUUUUCCAACACGCAAAUCUCGGCGUUGAGCUCAUUUUCGCGGCCGAUUUGGAGCGUUUCGAGUACUUGGACUACAUUUUGUGGAAAAAUCGGAAUACGAAAAUGAGCGACAUAAUCUUGAUCACAAACGAUUUCUCGAAUUCGUUGACGGCUUUCGAUGAAGCGGAUUUGCCCGGAUUGACGAGUUUUGUAUCGAAUUCGACUUUGGCCCCAAUGCCGCAUUAUCAACCCUUUGAGGAAUACCGCCUAUCCCGUCUCAAUUGGGACCAUCAACCGGUGAACGCUUUCUCGAAGUUGGCCAUCAUGCAUUGCAAUGUCUCCACAUUUCCCGAAAUCGCAUGGGAGGAGAAAGCGUUGAAAGCAACAGAGGACACAUUGCUACAUGAGGCCAGAGCUGAUGCACUUUGGAAAGUUCAUCGCUUACAAAACAGUAACCGAUUGGAGGAAAAAAGCGAAGAAGAAAUCAAUGAAUUGAUCGGUGCUUUACCGCUGAAUUUAGGCAAUAAUGCUAGAUUUUUC